GCAAAAAUGUCGCGUUUGUUAAAACUCUCACAGCUUCGAUUUUAUCGUACUGGAUCGACCGCGCUGCUGCAGAAGGUCUCCGAGAAAGCGAUUCCAACAUCUACUGAUCAGGCAUUUGAUCCCAACGCCGCUGAAACAGAAAUUAAGACUUCUGACAAUGUAUCAGCGUUUGCUAAUACCAAUAUGGGUAAAGCAUACAAUGCGCUUCCCAUGCAAGCUGAAAGCAGGCUUCCGGCUGCUGAUGAAAUCAGACGUGCUGCUUCGUUCGAUGAAGUACCUGGGCCGGAAGUUUUGAGGAAGGUUGCAAGGGCUUGGAGCUACGUACCGAUAGUUGGAAAUCACGUCACAGCUCGUACACUGCAAUAUGUGCUCAGCGCAAGUAAAAUCUUUGGCAGCCAAUUGAGCUGGGGAAAUAAUAUGGCGAUUUUCCGGUAUCUGCUGAACGAGUACGGACCAAUCGUAAGACUGCAUGGCCCCUUCGGGGGAGACGUGGUGAUUCUGAGCAGAGCGGAACAUGCUACGGCUGUAUUUGACAGUGACGGACCUUAUCCAGUCAGAUCUAGCUUGGAUUGCAUCGAGAAAUAUCGUUUACAUCAUCGAAAGUAUAAAAAUGCCGGCCCGUUUGUCAUGCAUGGUCCUAAAUGGGAGAAAAUGCGUCAAAACAUUGAACCAGCUUUAAAACUUUCUGUUGAACAUCAAUGUCUUCGUAUAUCAAAGACUGCCGAUGAGUUUAUUGAGCGUUUGGUAGCGAUCCGCAACCAGCAACUGGAAGUUCCACCAACUUUUCUUACCGAGCUGCAAAAAUGGAGCAUUGAGUGUCUCUGCAGCAUUACAUUUAACAAAAGUUUUGGUUUCCUUGAUCCACGAGGCUUGAGUGCGACUUCGGACAAUGCUGUUCUCUUGAAUGCAAUUACCGAAGCGACAGGCGCCAUUAAACGCUGUGAGUUUGGCUUCCAUCUGUGGAAAUUUGUCGAAACACCAGCAUGGAAGAAAUUGGUGCUUCAUUGUGAUACAAUCGAUCACAUCCUUGGAUCUAAUCUUCGAAAGGCUCAACAAUCAUUACGCGAAAGACAGGAUAAGGGAAUGGUCACUGAUGAGAAGAAUAUUUCGCUCAUUGACUAUUUUCUAUUGAAGGAAUCAAUGAAUAGCGAUGAUAUCUUAACUGUGUUGCUUGAUAUGGCACUGUUGGGAGUCAACAUGACUGCAUACACCGCUGGUUUCUUAAUGUAUCACCUAUCAAGGAACCAGCGCGCACAGCACAUGUUGUAUAGUGAAAUUAAAUCACUACCUGCGGAUUUAACUCGCGAGCAUCUAAAGGAUCUUUCCUAUUUGAAAGCGUGCUUGUUUGAAAGUCUGCGCUUGAAGCCUCCGAUGCCGAUUUUAAAUCGCGUUUUGAACAAGGAUGUGAUGAUUUACGGAUAUAAAAUUCCCAAAGGGACAUUCGUGUUGAUUGCUACAAAUCUCUCCAGUCUGCGCGAAGAACACUUUGAAGAUCCUUUGAAGUUUAAGCCGGAACGCUGGUUAGGACUGGGCAAUAAAGAAAUGAGUAGUGUCGCGACGAUGCCAUUUGGACACGGACCGAAGAAUUGUAUAGCGAAGGAAUUGGCCGAGACACAGAUUUAUUACCUUAUUGUAAAGGUCUUGCGCAAAUUUCGCAUCGAAUAUCACUACGGCGAUAUCGACAGCAACAACAAGUUACUUUCAUCGCCGAGUCGUCCAUUGAAGUUCCGUUUUGUCGAACGCGAUUAAUUCUUGUGUUACAGUUUUAAUAAUAUUCAAUUAAUAAAAUUUAAUACUUGAGCA